CAAUAACAAAUGUCAUCAAGAAGACUCCCUACAACAUCAAUAAAAUUCGCUCCUUGCUGCUUCCGUCAAAACCCAAUGUUAUUUUUACUUUUGUGUCAAUUAAAACAUUAGAGUAAAAUAACUUUUUUUUCAUCAUUAUUAAAGUCAUGGAACUUUUCAUAUGGAUGUGUAUUGUUUAUUCUAUAAUUUUGCAAAGCUUUGUAGUUAGUUCUGAAGGAGAUGAAGAACAUGACGAUCUUUCAGAAAUUCUUGAAAAUGAUUAUCAACAUGUCAACUAUAUUAAUAAUGGUUUUCAAUUUCUACCAAACAUCAACGAAAUGGAAGAAAAAUUUGAUGAAAUAAUGACGCUUAGUGAAAUACAUCAAAUUGAUAACCUGGCUCAAUUAUAUAUUUUAAAACCAUGCUUGGCAAAAAGAUGCUACAACGGUACAAUGUGCGUUGUUAUUGAUAAUGAUCUUAAAAAGGAUGCAUUGAACCGAACUAAAUGUGUAUGCCCAACAAAAUGUGAAAAUGUUGAAAAGCCUGUUUGUUGCAGCAAAGGGGUUACUUACAAAAAUAAGUGUGAGGCACACAAGAAAGCAUGCAAACUAAAUGAACACAUUGAAAUAGCUUAUGAAGGAAACUGUAUUGCAAAAAAUACAUGCAGCUUUGAUGACUUGAAUUCAUUUAUUCCCCGUUUUUUGGAGUGGAUGAGAUCAGUUCGAGAAGAGUAUUUAUAUGGAGACCUAAUCAUUAAAACAAACUCUCUGGAUUUCGGAAGCAACGAAGGAGAGCAUGUUGUUGAAUGGAUGUUUAAAUAUUUUGAUGAAAGCAAAGAUGAUAUAAUAGGUCCAAUAGAAAUUUCUAAUUUGUUAAACAGUCUGAUGUCAAUGGAACCUUGCAUCAAAGAUUUCAUUAACGAAUGUGAUAGUGAUGGAAAUGGUCAUAUCUUUUUUUCUGAAUGGAAAAAAUGCUUGCUACCAGGAUCUAAUUCGGUGGAGGAUACAUUUUUUGACAAUAUUUAAAGUAUUUUAUGAGGCAUGUAUAUUUAUAAUAUAGCUUUUUUUAAUAUUUACUUAAAAUAAAUUUUUAAUGA